GCGACAGACAGCCCCGCACAGUCCCUCUGCUGGCUGUUUCCACUUUGACUAGGACUUAGAGCGGGGGAGUGAGCGCGUAGAUCCCGAGAGGAUGCAGCGCCGGCUGUUGCCUGGGGGACCCGGGGGGCUCCACCUGCUCGUCUGCUUCUUGCUGUUGAACAGCUGUCCAGGGGGCUGCAGCGACAUUAGUGGCCACGAUUGUAAGGGCCAAGUAGGAGCAGGACAGCCCUGGCCCGUCCAAGGAUUUACUGCUUCAGUCUUCCGGCAGUUACAAGUCAUACUCCACCAAAUUGUACCUCAAGGUCUGUUUUGGAAGGAUGACACCACCCAGGAUGUGAUGACCCAAAAGAUGAAGCACAUCAGCCUACUCCCCCCCCAAGAUGCAUGCAUGAAGGAUGGAAAGGCAGUUUUCCCCACUAAAACCACUGCAAUGAGGGGCAAGCAAGAGGAAAAGCUUCAACUCUUAUUUCCCAAGAGCCCAGUGUCCAAGUUGAACAGAGAUCAGUGUGUAACCUCCAAAGUGGUUCCAAAGGCCCUAAAACAAGAGGUGACCAAUCCCAUCAAGGUGUGGGACUCAUUUUUUCUAAGGAAGUUGGAAUCAUCAAGGACUUGUUUAAAUGAGAGUGGCAGACUACCUAUAAGACAUCCAUAUGAGAGGAAUACUCUGGGCCACUUCCUACUGCAGGCCACAGCCUUGUUGCUGAUUGAGACCUCAUAUGAAGCUUUCCUUCCUCAGUGCCCUCACCAUUGCCCUUCAGAGGGGCAGUUCUUUGAUGACCCAAAUAUCAUUAAAUUAUGUGAUUCUUUCUGCCUAGACCUGCAGUCUUAUGAAGAUCUUCACCUCCAGCCCUGA